AUGGAUCAGCAACAGCAGCAGCCGCAGCAGCAGCAGCAGCAGCCAGGCCAACAAGGGCCCAUGGGUCCUGCUGGCCGCCGUCUGCACAUUGCUCAUCGCCGCAGCCCCUCUGAGCUGACACCGCUGAUGAUGGAACAGCUUGCUAUUGCACAGCAGAUCGAAGUCCUACAGCAGCAGCAACAGCAAAUCGCCGCAACGCAUCAGCAGUAUGUGAAUAUGGGCAUGAUCCAACCGCAGCAGCAGCUCGGCAACUUCCAGAUGCAGCCCGGCCAGAUGGCCAACCUACCCCCCCAGGUGAACAACUACCAGUUCCCACAGCAGAUGCACCAGCAACACCUCGGUGGUCCUAUGAACGCCCCAGGCCAACCGUCCCCUCAUCGUCGUAACCAAUCCGCCCUUCCUAACGUUGGUAUGGGCCCACCUCCAGCUCCCUCCUCUGGCGCGUCCGGAUUCGGUGAAUUUGGGCAACAGGGUGCCCAAGGCCGGGAGAACGUUAACCCUCGCGGCCGAGGUGGCGGUGCCGCUGGCGCUGGACACACUCGCAGACACUCUUUGGCACUUUCUGAUGCUAAGAAAGCGGCAGAACUGGCAGAAUCGAAGAGAAAGACUUCCGGCUUCCAGUUCCCUCUGCCUUCGGCCAGUGGAAGCUCAAACCGUGACGCCAGUCCUGGCGGUGUCAGCCCGGGCGAGCAACCUUCCGGUCGCGGCGGUCGCGGCGGCCACGGACGCAGCCAGAGCAUGGCCGUUGGACGGGGUGGCGGCAGCGCUGGCCGCGGUGGACCAGCUUUCUCCUUCCCGCAGGCACCUGCCGACUCGAGCACACCGAGCAACAAUGGCAGCACCAACAAUAGCAACCAGAGCGGUCAAUCUGAUUUCCAACGUCGUGGCAGUGCUGGCCACGGCCGAAGCGCGUCCCGCAACUUUGAGGGCAAUUGGAGACAGCCUCAGAACAACACCCCGCAGCAGUCUACCCAGGAGAAUCAGGCCCAGAACAUGGGCAACUUCAACAUGAACCAAACUGCCAAUGCCGCUCCUUUCCAACCGGGACACCGUACCCGCGGUUCAGUCAACCAGUCUGUCGGCUCUCUCGGCAACUUCCAGUACCCAGGCCAGCCUCAGCUGGUCCAGCUACCCCAGGGACAGGUCCUCGUCCCACAACAGAUGCUUGGCCAAGGACUCAACCCUCUCCAGAUCGCCCACCUACAGGCGCUGCAAGCGCAGCAGCUGCAGAGUGGAGGCUUUGGAGGCCUUGGAGUCAGCCAGCAUGCUCAGCCUCAGAUGGGCAUGCAGCAGCAACAGCAGCAGCAGCGCAAGACUUUGUUCACUCCCUACCUUCCUCAGGCCACUUUGCCUGCCCUACUUAGCGACGGCCAGCUUGUUGCUGGUAUCCUCCGUGUCAACAAAAAGAACCGAAGCGAUGCUUACGUCACUACCACUGAUCUGGAUGCUGACAUCUUCAUUUGUGGUAGCAAGGACAGGAAUCGUGCUUUGGAGGGAGAUCUGGUUGCCAUUGAGCUUCUCGACGUUGAUGAAGUAUGGGGCCAGAAGCGCGAGAAGGAGGAGAAGAAGAAAAGGAAGGACAAUGCGGAUCCUCGCGGCGGUAGCAUUGCUGUAAACGACGCCACCACUCAGCCUGAGACGGCUGGUGAGGGUGGUCUUCGCCGCCGUGGAAGUCUGCGCCAGCGACCCACUCAGAAGAAGAACGAUGAUGUUGAAGUCGAGGGUCAGAGUUUGCUGCUCAUGGAAGAGGAGGAGAUCAACGACGAACUGAAGCCUCUGUACGCCGGUCACGUUGUCGCAGUUAUCGAGCGUGUUGCUGGACAGAUGUUCUCCGGUUCUCUCGGACUUUUGCGCCCUAGCAGCCAAGCUACAAAGGAGAAGCAGGAGGCUGAGCGCCAGGCUCGUGAGGGUAGCAACAGCCGUCCUCAACCCGAACGCCAGGACAAGCCAAAGAUUGUUUGGUUCAAGCCUACCGAUAAGCGUGUGCCCUUGAUCGCCAUUCCUACUGAGCAGGCGCCCAGAGACUUCGUCGAGAAACAUCAAGAUUAUGCCGAUCGUAUCUUCGUGGCAUGCAUCAAGCGAUGGCCCAUCACCUCUCUGCAUCCAUUCGGAACACUGGUGGAGCAGCUUGGUGUCAUGGGUGACCCCAAGGUCGAGACUGACGCUCUGUUGCGCGAUAACAACUUUGGUCCUGACGAUUUCUCUGAUGCAGUCAUCAAAAACAUCGGUUUCGAGGACUGGUCUGUUGCCAAUGACGGCGAGGAAGUUCUGGAAACACGUCGCGACCUUCGCAGCGAGGAGACCUUUACCAUCGAUCCCAAUGGAAGCAAAGAGCUCGACGAUGCCAUCCACUUCAAGUAUCUUGACGACGGCCGCGUUGAGAUUGGUGUGCACGUUGCUGACGUUGCACACUUCAUCAAGCCAAACUCGCUUGUUGACCGCGAGGCCAAGAAGCGAGGAACCGGCGUCUACCUCAUGGAUCGCUCUGUCAACAUGCUGCCAUCGCGCCUUUCCAAUGACAUCUGUUGCCUGAGCCCUGGUGAAGACCGCUACACAGUUAGUGUCGUCUUCAAGGUCGACCCCAAGACCGGUCGAGUAUCAGACGACGAGACCUGGGUUGGCAAGUCCAUCAUCAAGAGCUCCGGCAAGCUGUCAUACGAUGAGGUCGACUCCGUUAUUAGCGGACGCGAUGGCGAGAUCACAGCGGCUCGUGCUAAGGACAUCAAGACGCUUCACCAAAUUACACAAAGGUUCCGCCAGGCACGUUUCGGUGACCGCACUGCUGAUAUUCAGCCACUGCGCCUCAUGUACCAGCUCGACGACGAGAAUGUCCCUGUUGAGCAGAACAUCUUUGAUUCUUCGCCAGCUCACGAGUGCAUUGAGGAGCUUAGCCAUCUUGCGAACAGUUUUGUUGCGAAGAAGGUCCUUGCUGGCCUGCCAGAGAAGGCGCUUCUUCGUCGCCAGCCUCCUCCUAACCCCCGCCGCUUGACCACCAUCGCCGAGCGUAUGGGCGCUAUUGGCUACGAAAUCGACACUGAGAGCAGCGGCACCCUGCAGAACAGUCUCUUCCAGGUCGAGGACAGCGACAUUCGUAAGGGUAUGGAGACACUUGUCAUCAAGUCUAUGCCUCGUGCGAAAUACUUUGUGGCUGGCAAGGUACCAGAGGAUCAGUACGCGCACUACGCCCUGAACCUUCCAGUCUACACUCACUUUAUGAACCCAUCUCGUCGCUACGCCGAUAUCGUCGUUCACCGCCAGUUGGAGGCUGCUCUCUCGAACGGUACUAUUGAGUUCACUGAGGAUAUCGAAGUCCUGACCAAGACCGCCGAGAUGUGCAACACCAAGAAAGACUCCGCACACGCUGCUCAGGAGCAGAGCGUACACAUCGAGGCAUGCCGCAAGAUGGACAGACUCAGCCAAGAGAUUGGCGGUGAUCUGAUUGCCGAGGGUAUCGUUAUCUGCGUGUACGAGUCCGCUUUCGACGUUUUGAUUCCGGAGUGGGGCUUCGAGAAGCGUGUCCACUGUGAUCAGCUUCCUCUCAAGAAGGCCGAGUUCGACAAGAACCAUCGUCUUCUUGAGCUUUACUGGGAGAAGGGUGUUCCUUCUUCUGCUUUUGUUCCCGAGGACGAGAGGCCGAAGCACGGUUCUCUCCGAGCUUCUAACGCUGCGACGGCUGCGCGUCAUGCCGAGGCGGCUAAGCAGCGUGCCAAGGAGCAGGAGGAAGCUCAGCGUCGCCAGAUGGACACUGGAACAAUGUCGACCAACGAGGUUGAUGCUCUGUUCGACGAUGACGAUGACGAUUCGAGUGACCUCAACUCUGCCAUGGCAGGCGUUUCAUUGAACCCAACAGGUGCAGACCGACCAACCCAGAGUAUGCCCCCAUCACCAACUAGGGGACUUUCUGGCCAGGCACCACAGCGGACCAAUUCGGACUCGAAGUUGUCGAAGAGUGCGAGCGAGGCGCCCGAGGCCAAGCUGUCGAACAAGGAGAAGUACCUUAGCUGGUUUGCCCUGCGUGAGCAGAAUGGCGACUACAUCCAGGAUGUGCGGGAAAUGACACGCGUGCCGGUGAUCCUCAAGACGGACCUGACGAAGAGCCCUCCUUGCCUGACCAUUCGAUCCUUGAACCCAUAUGCUCUUUGA